AGUAAUUUGUGGUUCUCUAGAGAAGAGAAUGAACUGAAGCUCUGCAGAUCACAGCUUGUCAGACUUCCUGGUGGCUGAGUGCACAUGAAGUACGGACUGUUCCCACAUCUUUAUUUUCAUCAGAAAUACAGAAAAUAUACAAUAUAAUUCCAACAUAAUAUACAGCAUACUUCUUUAAUUCAACAACCUGCCUUUGCCCAUUUUCUUGAGCAAUAAAACAGAAGAAACAAGGCAUAAGAUUUUGUUCAAUCAUCAGCGUUGUCACGGUGACCUCUCAAGACCCAGAACCACCUUUGCAAUACCAAUUUACACAUUGAAAUCAGGGGGUCACCGUUGAAAAAAUGACAUCUGAGCCAUAUACCACAACAUCUUUUGACUACAGUGAUAUCGUUUUUCCUUGUGACCACAAAGAAGCUCGUGACUUGCACUCAGAUAUCAUAGUUUAUGUGAAUUCGAUAAUAUGUGUAUUAGGCCUGUUGGGCAACACAUUGGUUAUUGUUACUUAUGCCUUUUACAAGAAACCAAAGUCCAUGACUGAUGUUUAUCUGCUCAAUGUGGCAAUAGCAGACAUUUUAUUUGUCAUUGCACUUCCUCUAAUAAUAUACAAUGAACAGUAUCAGUGGCAUAUGGGCAAGUGGGCAUGCAAGCUGCUGAGGGGCAUCUACAGCAUUAACUUGUACAGUGGGAUGUUACUGCUUGCCUGUAUCAGCACUGACCGCUACAUUGCCAUUGUGCAAGCCAGAAGGUCUUUCAGGCUUCGAUCGACAACACUGGUCUACAGUCACAUCAUCUGCGCAGCUGUCUGGAUGGUUGCAAUUACUGUAUCGACACCUACUUUCAUAUAUUAUGACAAAUAUGACAUUCAUGUGGGCGAUGGUGAUGACAUACCGGUCUGUGAAAACAGGUUUGACAGCAAUGAUACGGCAGUGCUGAUGAAGACACUGAUGCCAAGCAUGCAGAUCUCAAUUGGCUUCUUCUUUCCAUUACUUAUCAUGGUUUUCUGUUACUCGAGCAUCAUUGUCACCCUGCUGCAGGCAAAGAACUUCCAGAGACACAAGGCUGUGCGAGUUGUCAUGGCCGUAGUGGUGGUCUUUAUUGUCUGCCAUCUGCCUUACAACAUCAUGCUCCUCAUCCACACGGUGGUGAAAUUUAAAACAGACCAGCAAUGCGACACCGAAAUAGAGAGGUCGAAGAUUACAACUGUGUUGCAGUGCCUGGCUUAUUUCCACUGUUGUCUCAACCCUCUGCUGUAUGCCUUUAUUGGGGUGAAGUUCAGGAACCACUUCAGGAAGAUCAUGCAGGACUUGUGGUGUUUGGGCAAAAGAUACAUUUCUGUCCGACGCACCUCUCGGUUCACAUCAGAGGUCUUUAUUUCCAGGAAAUCUAGCGAAGUUUCCAAUGCUGAAAAUGCUUCCUCUUUUACAAUGUGAAAUUAGCAUUUUAUUGUUAGUUGUGAGCAUAGCUAGACCUCCAAUACACAUACUGUAUAAUCUCAAUAAGCCUGAAUACCUGCUUGUUAUUCUUUCAACAAAAAGGGCAAAUGAAUAUCCAAAUAUGCUGCCUUGUGAUACUUCUUAAAUCUGAUCCACACUGCACAUUUUUGCUACAGCAGCACAGUAGCAGUCUGGUAGCACAGUCUCUAGAUGAUUAAGUGAGAAAGACAAGAUACAAAUGAAAAAAACAGAAAACCUUUGAAGAAAUACACACACAAAAAAGUCUGUCAGCAAGGCAAAAGUAAUGUUCACACAAAUUUGAUUUCAAAGUUUAUAUUAAACAGUGCAUAAAGUUAUGGUAUUUUAUUACCCUUGAAAUUUGACCUUUGUGUGAAAUUAAGAAUUGUCCACAUUCAGCAAAAUGGCAAAACUAUUAUGAAGGCCCACAAAGGAAAUAUGUAAAAAGUAUUGUGUAAAGUAAUGGCAGAUGUUGUUUACUUCCAUCCUCAAACUCUUGUAAAUUCUUAUAUAUGUAAAUAUACAGUUGAUUUGUACUUUUGUAAACAAAGAUUUCAUGCUUUUGACAAUGUUUACACUGUGUAGUACAUUUGUCAGCUAUUUGUAUAUUUCUUGUUAUUGUAAAUUUUCAUAUUAAGUUUGAAAGACAUGGUAACACGCUUGAAUUUAUUCCAGCAACAUAAGAAUAUAGUCUCUUUGUUUCCUGUAUUCAACAUAAUGUUCAUAUAGCAAAAAGUACUUUGUAAGUGCUUUUGAGGGUCAAUAACAAAUAUGAGAUAUUGUGGGUAAUUUUCUGAUCUGUUAUGUGUCCACACUCUACAUUUUCAUACCAGAUAAUGUUGGAAGAACACCUUUCUGGGCCUGGUCUUUAAAGUUAAUAGGUACAGUAUGUGAUCACAGCCCUAUGUACAGUAGGUAUGAAUUUCUCAAGGGAGAACUUUAAUCAUUACUUAAAAACUGAGUGGUACACAUCUACUGGAAAGCCUGUUAAUGGCUUAGCUAUGAUUCCUUCAGGAGCUGCAUGAACCCCAGGCCAAUAACAGGAAUCAAAAAGCUAAAGCCGGAUUAAAAUAAUCUGACCAUCUGCAUGCCAUCUGAAAUCUGUCAUGAUGGCCACUGUGUUUCAGAAGCAGAGCUUUAUGACAUGACCCUAAAGCAUAUGCAUACAUCAGUGCAUUCUUUGUAAAUAUCAAAGUUUUUCUUCAUAAAUGUACAGAAUAUUCUGUGAGUUUGCUGUAGCCGGUAAGAGACAAAUGUUCAAAAGGAUAACCUGUAUGCCAAAUUCUAUACCAAAUGGUCAUAAAUACCUGCAUAGAAAAUGUGUUUUCAAAUUUUUCUUUUAUUCAAAUAAAAAAUUGUAUGUUUUAAAAAUA